GGUCAUCUUUAGUCCCAAAGGCAGUCCUUUUUGGCGUUCAAGUGCGGAUUGAAGAUUUCAUUAUAGGAGGGAGGUUUUUGUCGACCUAUUCUGUGGCCCGCAGAAAUCGGCACGAUGUUUGGGGGCGGGAAAGCCCGAUCACCUAGAAAAGCUGGACGGCCACUGUCCAUAGUGCGAGCUGGACCGGCGUACUCAGGCGACGCGCAGGACAAUGGCGAUCCUUCGGAGCCAAACACGCUUCCGAAACUUGUCAUAGACGUGCACAAUGAGAUAAACGUUGGAUGGGAUUUUAUGACGUCGUCUGACUUUAAUCCCGUACCACAUGCCCUAUCUCUUCUCGAUGAAAGUUCAUUGGGACGAGAUUAUAAUGCAUUUUGUGAAGCCUAUGACAAGUUGGAACGGGCCAUGGAUCUUAUAGUUAACGAGUAUCAUCAGGCAUUUAACACAGCAAUUCAAACCUUCAGCAGUGUGGUGGAGAAUAUUACAGAUUCUCAGCGCCGUGUUCGUGAUACGCGAAAAAAUCUUCAGAACAGCAAGGAGUGGCUUCAAUGUAAACGAUUUGACUUGUUGCACCUAUGGUUGAAGAGUAUUCAAUAUAAAGAGAUCAAUCGUAUCUUGGACACAAUCGAGGAAUUGCAAAAUAUGCCAGACAGAUUGGACGCUCUUGUUCAGGGAAAGUACUAUCUCACCGCUGUGCGACUUCUGGUAUCGGCGACACGAACGGUUGAAGAGGGAGAAUGCUCGGAAAUUGGCGCUCUGGAGGCUGUUAAGCAGCGAUUACAAGAGAUGCGCGGGACAAUACAUGAGACAUUGAUUGAAGAGCUCCAUAAUCAUCUUUACUUGAAGAGUGCCUUCAGCUUAUAUCGGUUAGAUUCAGUGGAUCAUUAUACCUUGCGCAAGCAAACCACUGUCAAAUUUAUACAUGGACGCCAUUCAACAAAGGGAAAUGAGGGUGGGAUAUUACACGACAGAGGUAGACGGCAUGUUCCGACUAAGCCAGGUCACGACCCCUUACAAGAAAAAUUGGCCAAAUUAAGGGAAGAUGCAGAUAGUGGUCAAGAGAUUACCGAAGAUUUGGAAACCAAUCCGGAAACCGACUCUUAUCAUUAUAUGUUAUGCUUGAUUGAAAGUCUAGCCCUCUUAGGUCGCCUGCGUCCAGCCAUGGAGGUUAUCCGCGAGAGACUACCCGUAGAACUCUACUACGUAGUGGAACGAACAGUGCAGGAAGUUGACCAUCGCUAUGGAAAGCUUGGGUCGUCGGUCGAAGAAACGUUGCGAGGCGGGAUAGAUAGCCAAGGUCCAAACCUGCUUGGCACCGAUGCUCGAAAAGCCGAGAUUCGUGUUUUGCUCGAAUUUUUAUGGGAGCUUUUUCGGAAAUUCGAGGCUAUCAUACAUGGGCAUACAUUCCUUCAGGCCAUAGUUCAGGAACUGACUAAGCGUCAAUCAGGCAUUAAGCUCGAUGGGUUAUAUACCAUUAGAGAUGUGUGGUUCACUGCACAGAACGAACUUAAAGCUCUGCUUUAUGAAUAUGUCCGAAAUCCGGAAAGGAAAACUUCGGAGCCUGGAGUUGUCGUGUCACUGAACGACAUCCUGAAAGACAGACGACGAGCAAAGCUACGAACUGAUUCGCGACCGCUGUUUCGCAUUAUCGGUGCCGACAACAAGGAUAUGAAGACCGCGUAUAAAGGCAUCAACCCAGAGGCUGAGGAGACGGCUGAAAAUGUUGUAGCGAAUGUACGCCAGCUGGUAGACGGGCAAGAUCCCGAAGACAGCGAGGAUGGAGCAGCAGUAGGAGUGGUAGACACGUACGCAUCAAACACAGUUGUCGCUGGGCAUCGACUUCUGAUUACACCGGAUCCCUAUAAUAUUCUGGUCGUAUUCGGACCGACUACCGGUUUCGUGCAGCGUAUGGAAAGCAUGCUCAACGUAAGGUUCGGGAAUCUAAGGAUUUUCCUGGAUGAGUUUGUUAUCAACAUGUUUUUGCCGCAAAUGGAAAAUCGUGUGUCAAGCUACUUUCACAACUAUGUCAAUGGAAUGGAUGCGUUUCACACAGAUUUCCACGUUGAGCUAUCUUCAUUCCCUCUGACCAAGAGUGCCACCGCGUUGGUCGUUCUGAUUGAAGGAAUAUGUAGAACACUUCCUUCCAUUCCCAUUCAUCAGGAUGAAGCGAUCAGAAUGAUAGAAAUGGUGCUACGAAGCUACACAGACAAGUGCUCCUCCCGCUUCAAUGCCUUGAUAUCCAGCAACCAGCCAGGGGCAGAUGGAGGUUAUAGCAGCAUUGUCAGCGCUUCGUGGGUCAGAGAGCCGGAGGUGGUAGAAAUCCUAUCGCAGCACACCCUUUUCCGAAGCGAUGGCAUGGAAAUCGAGUCACCGGUUGACCAAACGUUGUCACAAAAGGAAACGUUUCUGGAGAUGAAGCUGAAGAAGGAAAGAUCUUUCCAUCGGAGCGAACUGAUUAUGGAACUGCGUACUUUGCAGGCGAUCGCGAGCCUGCAUCACAGUAUUGAAUGGUUCAUAAGUCAAGUAUCAAGACUGUUCGUUACAGAUACGGCAAAAAUGCGGGUUGCUCCAUUUUUGAGCCAAGUGAAGACGAGGAAAGGUUCCAGUGAAAGCUUGGACUCAUAUUUCAAACUCUCAUCAGAGAGUUUACCUGACCUACGCGUUGAACAUGAAGAGAAUCUUCAACUAUGGCUGACCCCUGAGAUGGCACAGAAAUUCCAGGCCGUUGUGUCGGACCUCCAGCGUCUAUCGGAUCUUUGUCUUUUUGUGUUACGGGUGGAGCUACGCUGUCAUUCCAUGUAUUACCUGGACCUUGCAAUGCGAGAGGGUUCCUAUUACCUCGAAGACGACACUCUUGAACCAGAUCCUUACAUUGGCCUUCUAAAUUUGGAUCUGUCCACAAUUGAAGAAGCGAUCAGUGCAGUAUUACACCCUCGUAGGACAAGGUUCAUCUUUGAUGGCUUGGCUUAUCUCAUAGCACAUACUCUGUGCUCCAAUCUGCGAUAUAUAAGAAGGGUUAACCGCCAUGGAGUGUCGAAGCUCGUGCGCAAUGUCCAAUCCCUCCAACAGAAUCUGACGAAUGUGACAUCGGUAAAUUUCAGAAGCCUUGACCGAGCUAAACAAUACUUUGAGCUUUUAAACCUCAAUGGAGAGAGCCUGCUUGAUUAUGUCGCGCAAAAUCAAGGACAAUUCACCUUUGAUGAGUACAAAGUGGUGCUGGACAUCAUCUUUUACGACGCACUGGCAGGAGACAACACGGUUCAACGUAAAACUUACAACGACUGUUUACAAAAGUUGAAGGAAUGGUUCGUUAAACAUCGGUAGUUCAUGGAGUUGCUACCCUAGGGUGCGGGGGAGAUGCUAUACUAUUGUAUUUAAAUAGAUGUUCAAUAUCUACAGUGUCCCAGCCAUCGUGGUACUA